AUUAGCCCUAAUAUUCAGCUCAAGUCGUUUCUAUUAGCAGUUGUCAUAAGAAAAUAAAUACUUCUUUGGAACUGAAAACCCUUAAAAAUCCACAGAAGAAGUAGAGAGAAUCAAUCACCGACCAUGGUUUUCGCUUGGUGCGGGUCAGCAUCUAAGUUUGCUCCUUCCGUUUGUGGUCGAGUCCGAUCUAUCUCCGCCGUCGUGAACCGCUCGAAUCUAGCUCGCAACUCAUCUCCGCUGCAUCCCUUGGUCUCUCGUGGCUGUCUUUACUCAACGGCUAUUGAUCGGCAGAGCUCCAACCAAAUUAAAUUUGACAUAUAAUUAUUAUUCUUCUUCCCGGAUGAUGAGCCGACUCCAGGAAUAAACCCGUACACAAUUGAAGAUAAUGGAGGUAAGACUGUGAAAUUGACUAGAGACUAUCAAGGGGAACAUAUUAUAGUUGUAGCAGGCAUGCCCUAUGAUUAUGAAGAUUUUGGAUUUGUUUUUCCACUAACUGUGAAUUAUACCAAGAAGAUCAGUGGACUCCGCCUCAAGUUUAAUUAGGUGCACGGUUAUUGAUCAUGGUUCUUCCAUGCCUGAUGAUUAAUUGAUCGGGGGAAUUAUUGGGAGGAUCAACGGCUGUGUGAUUUAAACAAGGAUUACAGACACAGUUAUUUGUGUGCAAUAUUUGAUUACAGCGCAAAAUUUUCCUUGUACAACUACAUGACCACGGACACCCGAAAGUACGUGUUAUGGUUGAAAGAUGUGAAGAAGUUUUUGGAGGAAUGAAAGGUUAAUUUCG